AUGCUGUGCGACGUCUGCCGUGAAGGUCUCGAAGGUAUAUGGGAUCCCGAGAACAGCAGGAGGCUCGGGUUACUCAAAUACUUUCCCGACAUACUAGAAUUUCUAUUCCGAGAGGUUGAAGAUGGAAAUUACGACGAGGUAUUAAGCAAGCUAAAACUACAAGAGGAAGAACGAUAUGUUUUCGGCCACCAUGUAAACUAUGACUCGUUAGUAAAGUCUAAGGAGCUAGGCUGUGUCGUCUGCAAUAUCUUCGACGAGUCCAACGAUCAUGACGAUAUCAAUGCGACCUUUGCGGAACGAGGUUACUACUCGGUAUUCCAAGUUAUCUUGCCGCGAAGCAAUAUGCCUAACCCAGUGAUGGCUAUUUACACAGGCGAGACAGUUCAAGAAAUCCCACACACAAUGAUUGCACACGAUGAAAACGACCAUGUCAACUCCGCGAUCUCACAUUCUACCUCAGACACUCCAACAUGUCUUGAAACCCACAAGUCAUGCAUUCGUCAAGCCUCGGAACUCUUUGCGCCAACCCGUCUACUUGAGCUACAGUACGUAGGGACGGAAAAGAAAUUUCGCCUCGUCCUGCAGAGCGAAUUCGAUCCUCGCGAGAGAUACAUUACUCUAAGUCAUUGCUGGGGACCUAAGACUACUACUGAGAAGUUACAACUCACGAAGUCAACCCUGGAAGAUCUUCGCAAUGGUCUACUAGUAGCCAUUCUACCCAAAACUUUUCGCGAUGCAUUCGAGAUAAUUGAGCGUUUGAAAGUCCGGUACUUGUGGAUUGAUAGGUUAUGCAUAGUUCAGGAUUCCGUGGAGGAUUGGCAGUCAGAAGCAUCUAUCAUGGGGCCCGUCUACACCCAUGGCCUAUUAAAUAUCGCAGCGCUGGGUGCUACAGACGACCAGACUGGAUGUUUUUUUGAUCGUGACCCAGCACUGGUCUCCCCUACAAUUAUUAAUCUUAGUCCCCCCGGAGACAGUGUUGCAGCAUUUUAUCGUUUUGAGGCCGAGGAAGAAGCAUGGAAAAGAGACUUUGAGGGGCAGCCGCUCCUCUCACGUGCAUGGGUCUUGCAAGAAAGAAUUCUUUCCACUCGGAACCUCUAUUUUGGAAGCAAACAAGUCUUUUGGGAGUGUCUCGAAGCAUACUGCUCUGAGACUGUCCCGAACACCACGUUAGGUGAAUGGGAUUCGUCACGUUCAUCUAUACAUAGCCUAGGGCCCGAUGAUCAUAGAUGGAAGUCUCUUUUACACCCUAAAAGUAAUGGAUCUAUUCCGAAAACAGAUUGGCCACAUACAGUACAGAUCUAUUCUCAAUGCAACUUAACAUUCCCCAGCGACAAGCUGGUGGCUAUCUCAGGGUUGGCAAAGCGAAUGGGUAGCGUAAUGAGGAAAAAGUUUGGUUCUGAGAGCGAUGUUUAUCUGGCUGGCCUAUGGAAGCAUAUGAUGCCCAAGGCCCUACUCUGGAGACCUAAGGUAAGGGCAUGCCGUGUAUCGCCAUACAGAGCGCCUUCAUGGUCAUGGGCAUCCCUUGAUGGGGAAGUUUCCUGCUCUCCAUCAAGCCAUAUCCGGUGGCACGCCGAUGUCCUCGGGGCGAAAAUAACCCCUCACGCGGAUGACUUGGCUGGGAAAGUAAUCAGCGGCACCAUCACCUUACGUGGCCAUAUAUGUACCGCACGGAACAUGAGGUUGCAUAAAGAAAGUCCUGUUGAUUACGAUAUCUAUAUAAUCGGUUCCUUUCACCACCCAAAUACCGAGAGUCUCCUAGAGUUUGGGGAUUCGAAAGGGGGUUACUUGCAAUUCGACACCGUGGAUGACUUCCACGAAACAGUAGUUAUCCUGAUGCUAGGGUUUGAUAUCAGCAAAGCAUACUCCUUCGUAACAGCACAUGGUCUGGCCUUGGUCCCCGCCGACGAGUCCCGGACUUCAUACCGUCGUGUCGGGUGCGCAAGUCUGAAAGAGACAGUCGACUUCGAAGAUUUCAAAGAUUGUGAUAUCGAAAAAGUCAUAUAUAGCGAGUUGCCGCUCGAAACUAUUAAAAUUAUUUAA